GUCAAAAAAUUCAACACACCAGCAGUGUGAGGAGACCUGAAAGUGGCACAUGGCAUGGCAGAGUGUGGCGAUGGAGACAGCAGCAAUGGGAGGCCGUACAGGGACCCAUGAGAGACUCUGGACUUGGCAGCAGCAUGAGGAGGCGGUAUAUAUAGGGGCCUAUGGCAGAUUAGGGGCCUGGCAGCAGCAAUGGGAGGCCCGUAAUCUGCCAGCACCCUAUGUCAAAAAAUUCUACACACCAGCAGUGUGUGAGGAGACCUGAAAGUGGCACAUGGCAGAGUGUGGCGAUGGAGACAGCAGCAAUGGGAGGCCGUACAGGGACCCAUGAUGAGAGACUCUGGACCUGGCAGCAGCAUGA